AUGGACGAGGAGUGGGGGAGGGUGGAGGAGCCGAUGAGCCCCGGGUCGAGGCUGUUCCACCAGCCGAGGUUUAACUGCUACAUCGUGGCGCUGAUGGGGUUCGGGAGAAGGAUCGACCUGGACGUCGUCAAGGCCGGCCUGGAGUUGACCCUGAUCCGCCAUCCCCGCUUCUCCAGCGUUAAGGUAAGCCUCGAACCACUAGGGUUCUUCUUCUUCUUCUUCCUCCUUCUUCUUCUUCCUCCUUCUUCUUCUUCAUCGUCAUUUUAUCUGCCAACAGAUAGCAGAGGGGAGGGGGAGGCCAAGAUGGGUUCGGACGAAGGUGGUGCUGGAGGACCACCUGGUUGUGGUGGAAGUGGACCCCCGGAAAGUGGAGUGCCCGGACCGGUUCUUGGAGGACUAUGUCUCCGAGCUCACCAAGACCACCAUGGAGGACUUCUCCAAGCCCCUGUGGGAGUUACACCUCAUCAACCUCCCGACCACCGAGGCCGAGUCGGUGGCCAUCUUCCGGAUACAUCACUCUCUGGGAGACGGCACCUCGCUCGUGUCCCUCCUCCUCGCCUGCACCCGCAAGGCCGCAGACCAGAGCUCGCUCCCCACUCUGCCAACCAGCGGCAGGACCAGGAGGAUCCCCCACCGCCGGAUAACCACCGGAGACGACAAGCGGUGGUGGAAAGGACUCCUCGCGAUGCUUCUGAGCCUGUGGGCGGCGCUGAGGCUGGCCUGGAACACGGCGGUCGACAUGCUGCUUUUCGCGGCUACGGUGGCGUUCAUGAAGGACGACGAGACGCCGGUAAAGGGGCAGCCCGGCGUGGGGGUCAACCCCAAGAGGAUCGUCCGCCGCACGCUCAACUUCGAGGACAUGAAGACCAUCAAGAAAGCCUUGGGAUCGGUGACUCUCUCUCUCUCUCUCUCAUCCCUCCUCCCCAUUUCGCCUCUCAUAAGCUUGGAGGUGGGUUUCUGGUUCAGACGAUCAACGACGUGCUGCUCGGCAUGACAUCUGCGGGCCUCGCUCACUACCUCCACAAGCGAUACAAAGGUACUCUGUCAACAGGUCAACGAGAACCCGCAGUUUAUCGUUUGGCUCUAACUCUAGUCUCUGACGGUUUGGUUCGAUGGCUAACAGAGGAGGGCUUCGCCGGGAGGAGGACUCUGCCCGAGAAUCUCCGCGUGAGGUCCGCCGUCCUUGUCAACAUCAGACCGUCCCCGGGCAUCCAUGUGAGCUCCCGUCUCAUUUAUCCCUCUCACUUCUCUUGAUUUAAUAUCUGGCUCUUCGCCAGGAUUCCGUAUCCCUUGUUCCCACAAGUGGUUCCACCUCUCUCUCUCUCUCUCUCUCUCUCUCUCUCUCUCUCUCUCUCUCGCUCUCGCUCUAACUCUGGCCCCCAUGGAACCAGGCUCUGGCUGACAUGAUGGAGAAGGGCGGAGAGGGGAACAUGAAGUGGGGCAACUGCCUCGGCUGCGUCAUUGUCCCCUUCCCCGUCAAGCAGUGCGAAGAUCCGCUGGACUACGUUCGCAUGGCGAAGGCGGUGGCGGACAGGAAGAAGCACUCUCUCGAGUCAGUCUGCACUUUCCUAGGCAGCCUCUUGAUACUCAAGGCCUUCGGCAUCCAGGUAACCUGCCCCCCUCACUCCUCUCGCUCCAACUGUGUGGGGAAGGUCGUCCGCUGAACCACUUCAUUCCCCCCUGCGCCGGCUCAACUCUCUCUCUCUCUCUCUCUGUGUGGAACGACAGGCCGCAGCGGUUCUUCCACACAGGGUGUUCUCUCACACGACGCUCUCCUUCUCGAAUGUUAUCGGUCCAGUCGAAGAGAUCGCCUUCUGUGGCCACCCUCUGGUCUACCUCGCUCCCACCGUCUACGGCCACCCGCACGUAAGUAUCUACGAAUUUAUUCGUGCAUAUAAUACUUUCUUUAGAUUAUGUACUCGGGAUCCGGUGUCUGACAUAGUCUGAAACUUGCUCAGGCUCUGACGGUUCACUUCCAGAGCUACAUGAACAAGAUGGAGCUCGUCAUUGCCGCGGACGAAUCCGUGAUCACCGAUCCCCACAAGCUCUGCGAAGCCAUCGCUGGAUCUCUCAAGCAGAUGAAAGACGCCUCCGCCACCGUCGUUCCUGUGGGGAAAUGA